AUGGCAUCAAUUAAUAAGUUAUCAAUGUUGCAAAUAGAUUUUGACCAUCUCAAAAUUUUCAAAGAUCAGCUAAUAUACUUUUGUAAAAAAUUGAGAAUCAUUUUUAAAAGUGCAAAUGAGUUUUUUAGUAUUGAUAGCAUUGAUAUUUUGCAAUCAAUUCAAUGGGAAAAAUUAGAUAAAUUAGAUUCAUUUGAAUUACAUGUUUACUAUGGGGACUUAUUCUCUGAAACACUUUUUGAAGACAUUGAUAAAAUGACAGGGCUUAUAUUGAAAAGCUCUGAUAAUUUAAGAAAAAUUAAAAUCCGAUAUAACUAUCCAUAUUCUAAUAGAACAUUGAAAUUUUUGAAUGAGCUAAAGUAUUGCCUGAAUUUAAGAGCACUAGAUUUGGAGGUAUGUCGUCUUCCAAUGUUUGUUGCUAAUGAUAUUGAAUUUCUUGGAAAUUGCAAUGAGCAUGUUCAUAAUAAUUUGAAUCGCUUGAAAUUGAAUUUUGAGAGAAAUUUUUUGUCUCUCGAAUAUCUUAUAAACUUUAAAAAUUUAAAGGAUUUAUGUAUUAUCUGUGAUACAAUGCCGGGAAUUUUUGGUGUAUGGAGUUUGAGCAUGUUGAAAAAAUUGUCAAUAUAUGGUCAUAAAAUAAUUCAGAUUCAAAAUUUGGAUGGCUUGUCUAAUUUACAAUGUCUAUCUAUAAUCUCUAGAAAUAUCACAAAGAUAGAAAAUCUAAACCACUUGAUUACUUUGAAAAUUUUAUCGCUUUCGAAUAGCAGAAUUAUAGAAAUCAACAAUCUAGACAAUUUAAUCAACUUAGAAGAGUUAUGGCUUUCUUUUAAUUGCAUCAGAAAAAUUGAAAAAUUGGAUAAAUUAACUAAAUUGACAAAGCUAGUAUUGAAUCAUAAUUCUAUUGCAAAAAUUGAAAAUCUAGAAAGAUUGACCAAUUUGAAGCAUUUAGAUCUAACAGCAAAUGAAAUUGAAAACAUUGAAAACUUAGAUAAUUUAACCAGCUUAGCCAAUUUGGAUUUGUCGCAAAAUCGAAUAAAAAAAAUUAGGGGAUUAUCAUCAUUGGUUAAUUUGGUAAAUCUAAACCUAUCUUUCAAUCGUAUUGAUAAAAUUGAAAACUUGUCUACAUUAGUUGAUUUAACUCAUUUGAAUUUGCUGGCAAACGAUAUUCGCAAAAUCAUGAAUCUUUCUCGAUUGAAAAAUUUAACCUAUCUCAAAUUGGAUCAUAAUUAUAAUCUUGGGACAAUUGGGACAAGAAAAUUAAAAAAAUUAAAAGAUUUCAAAGUGGUAAAUCAAAUUGAUAGAAUCACAAAGGUUAUAUUAAAUACCUCCAAUAAUUCAAGAGAAAUUAAAAUCGGGUAUGUCCAUCCAAAUUUCAAUAGACCAUUGGGGGUUUUAAAUGAAUUAAAGUAUUGUCUAAAUUUAAAUGCACUAGAUUUGCGAGUAUUUCGUUUUGCAGAGUUUGAUGCUGGCGAUUUUGGAUUUCUUGACAAUCUCAAUGGUCAAGUUUAUAAUAAUUUGAAUCGCUUGAGGUUAGGUUUUAGUAGGGAUAUUUUGUCUCCUAGAAGUCUUGCAAAGUUCAAAAAUUUAAAGGAUUUCACUAUUACUUGUGACAAGGUUCCAAAGAUAUUUAGUAAACGGAAAUUCCCUCUGUUGAAGAGCAUCACAAUAAUUGGAAUACAGGAAGUUAGGAUUAACAAUUUAGAUGGGUUAACUGAUUUACAAUAUCUAUAUAUAAGGCAUGGCGAUUUCGCAGAGAGAGGUAAAUUAAAUGGCUUGAUUGGUUUAAGAACAUUAAUUUUUCAUAACUGUCUAUUUAGAGAAAUAAACUAUCUAAAUAAACCAAUCAAUCUAGAAGAGUUAUCAUCUUCCUCCAGUUCAAUUGAUAAAAUUGAGAAUUUGAAUAAACUAACUAAAUUGAAAAAGUUGACAUUGAAUUAUAAUCCGAUUACGAGAAUUGAGAAUCUAGAAAGAUUGAGCUGUUUGAGGUACUUAAAUCUAUCAAACAAUAUCAUUUAA